UUCCUCCGCGCGUUUCUUUCUCUCGGUGGGUUCUUCUGCGUCAUUGGCCCGUGAUGUCUCCGAGCCUUGGCGAUCAAAAUCGAAGAGUUCGAGAGCUUAUUCCGACAUUCUCAAGGAAAUGGGUUUUGGGUUUACGGCGUGUUUUACGAGGAACCUCUCGGCGGAGCAUCCCACGGUGGUGCUCAUAACGGUGUUUGUUGCGGUUCUCUGUCUCUGUCUGGUUAUCGGCCACUUGCUUGAAGAGAACCGAUGGGUUAACGAAUCCAUCACCGCCAUUUUGGUCGGAGGUGUGUCGGGGACGGUUAUCUUGUUAAUCAGCAAAGGGAAGAGUUCUCACAUCUUGGUGUUCGAUGAACAACUCUUCUUCAUAUACCUCCUUCCCCCUAUAAUUUUUAACGCUGGAUUCCAGGUCAAGAAAAAGCAGUUCUUUCAAAACUUUUUGACCAUCAUGUCUUUCGGGGUGGUCGGAGUUUUUAUUUCGACUUUCAUAAUAGCAGCUGGCAGCUGGUGGUUGUUUCCCAAGUUAGGAUUUGCUGGAUUGACUGCACGAGACUAUCUUGCCAUCGGUACAAUUUUCUCAUCAACUGAUACCGUCUGCACACUACAGAUUCUACAUCAAGACGAAACUCCGUUUCUAUACAGUUUAGUGUUUGGCGAAGGAGUGGUGAAUGAUGCAACCUCAGUUGUUCUAUUCAACGCUGUUCAAAAGAUCCACGUUGAAAAGUUCAACGGUUGGGCAGCUCUUCACAUACUCGGAGAUUUUCUUUACCUUUUCUCCUCGAGCACUGUUCUAGGAGUUGGAGCGGGGCUAUUAACAUCUUAUGUCCUUAGAACCUUCUACUUUGGAAGGCAUUCGAGCACACGUGAACUGGCAAUAAUGGUUUUGAUGGCAUACCUUUCGUAUAUGCUGGCCGAGCUCUUUUCUCUAAGUGGCAUCCUCACAGUUUUUUUCUGUGGGAUUCUAAUGUCACAUUAUGCAUGGCAUAAUGUCACAGAGAGUUCAAAAAUCACUUCCAAGCACGUGUUUUCGAUGAUGUCCUUUAUCGCGGAGACGUUCAUAUUUCUGUACGUUGGAAUGGAUGCGCUUGAUAUUGGGAAGUGGAGGACAAGCAAGUUGGGUUUUGGUGGUUCUGUCGGUGUCUCUAGCACCAUUGUUGCGUUAGUAUUGCUCGGCCGGGUGGCAUUCGUCUUUCCCCUCUCUGUCUUGACCAAUUUCACUAACAGGAGUGCCGAAAGAAACGCCUAUAUCUCAUUUAAGCAUCAGGUGAUAAUCUGGUGGGCAGGGCUUAUGAGAGGAGCUGUGUCAAUUGCUCUAGCUUUCAAGCAGUUCACAUUCUCAGGUGUCACUCUGGAUCCUCUGAAUGCUGCUAUGAUCACCAACACGACUAUUGUUGUCCUCUUCACUACACUGGUUUUUGGUUUUCUGACAAAACCACUCGUCUGCUGCUUAAUUCCUGAUGCUGCAAAUAAUAAUCAUGUGGAGCGUGGUUCACCCAAAGAGGACGGUGUGCUACCUCUGCUUUCUUUCGAAGAGUCUGCUUCCACCAAUUUCGACCGGGCAAAGGAUAGCCUGUCCCUGCUGAUGGAACAGCCUGUUUACACGAUCCACCGAUACUGGAGAAAGUUUGACGAUACGUAUAUGAGGCCUAUUUUCGGAGGGCCCCUUCAUGGAAUUCAAUCAGAGUGCUAAGUACUCGAGUUCGUGGAUCUAUAUACCGAAGUCACGGGCUUGCAUGAAUCGAAAAGGCUAUGAAUUUGCAAAAAUCAAGCUGACCCUUAUGGUUUCGAGCUCAAGUUUCAUCGUGGCAAAGGCCUGAUGAAUCGGUUUUGGCUAGUUUUACUUGUAAGAGGGUGUGAGCGGAAACGAGAAAAGCUCCAAAUAUCAGCACUUUUUCAUCUUUCUUAAUGUAUAAAGCAUAGUUAUUCUAUAUCCAUAAAGCGAAUAUCGUUAUACA